AAACCACCAGGGACCGGGCGGUCCUCGGCGACUUGGAAUGCGGACUCCAGAGGCGGCGCGCACGGUCAGGGCAAGUUUCUCGCGGUUUGAAGGGGUCCUGAAACGGCCACUCGUUUUAUUUAAUUGUCCUUUCCCCUACUGUUUUAAAUAAGUUUAUUUAGACAAUGAAGAAAAAAAUAGCUUCCUGGAUGACUGUAGGUUUGUAAAUAUAAUCCCGAAAGUUUUGCAUGGUGUGGUUAUUUGCUUAUGCAGAUUUAUUAACCUGUUAACUCUUCAGCUAGACAGAAAAUUGACAUUUUAAAUAUUGUUUGAGGAACAUUACAAGUUCGCUGCUGCGUUCAGGCAUUGUGUUAUUUAUCAGCUUAGUUAGCAUCUGUCUUCCCGAAGUGGUACCCAAACCUGUCCCUUGGCGACCGGUCUUGCAUGUGACACUCUUGCCCUCUAGUGCCUCAGCAGCUUGGUAGCAGUUUGAUGGCUAAUAUUAAUGAGUUGUUACAUAACACAAGGGUACUGGGCCUGAACUGGUUAUUGCUGCCACUUUUUACAAAAGCCAAAAGGCUGAGCCGGUGGUAGUGGAUACUGCUGUUUCAGUUUCUUUUCUAUCUAUUGAAACUUUCUCAAGCGUUUUCAGCUCUUUCUGUUUUCAUUCCAGAUUAUAUUUUCUGUGAGUCCUGAUCAAGUGACACAAAUGUGCUGCAAUGGUGACAUAAACUAUUGAUUGAGGCUGGAAAAGUGUCUGAAACAUCAUCUUUUCUUUUCUUCUUUUAUUUUUUUAUGGUGCCUCUAUUGGAACAGUCUGAGGGAAGUAUAUACAACAUGAGUUUUAUCAUGAAGCUGCACAGACACUUUCAAAGGACGGUGAUUCUGCUUGCCACAUUCUGUAUGGUGAGCAUUAUUAUUUCUGCUUACUACCUGUACAGUGGCUACAAACAGGAAAAUGAACUGUCUGAGAUGGCUUCAGAAGUAGACUGUGGGGACUUCCAGCACCUACCAUACAGGCUGAUGGAAGUGAAGACAAGGAAGCUUUCUGAUGCCUCAAGGACAGAACCCACAGUCCUGGUGUUUGUGGAGAGCCAGUACUCAUCGCUCGGUCAAGACAUCGUUAUGAUUCUAGAAUCUAGCAGAUUCCAGUAUCACAUUGAAAUUGCUCCUGGAAAAGGGGAUCUCCCAGCACUUAUAGAAAAAACUAAAGGCAAAUACAUUCUCAUUAUUUAUGAGAAUAUUUUAAAGUAUAUAAAUAUGGACUCUUGGAAUCGAAGCCUUUUAGAUAAAUACUGUGUUGAAUAUGGUGUGGGUGUCAUUGGAUUCCACAAAACUAGUGAGAAGAGCCUACAGAGUUUUCAGUUGAAAGGUUUCCCUUUUUCUGUAUAUGGAAACCUUGCAGUAAAAGAUUGUUGUAUUAAUCCUCAUUCUCCAUUGCUUCAUGUGACCAAAUCUUCUAAGCUUGAAAAAGGUUCUUUACCUGGAACUGACUGGACCAUUUUCCAGAUUAAUCACUCAGCCUACCAACCAGUAAUAUUUGCCAAAGUAAAGACCCCAGAAAACCUUUCUCCUCCCAUCCCUAAAGGUGCUUUUUAUGCCACUGUCAUACACGACCUGGGGCUCCAUGAUGGAAUUCACAGAGUUCUUUUUGGCAGCAACUUGAACUUUUGGUUGCAUAAGCUCAUCUUCAUAGAUGCUGUUUCCUUCUUGUCAGGGAAGAGGCUCACAUUGUCCUUGGACAGGUACAUUCUCGUGGAUAUUGAUGAUAUUUUUGUGGGAAAGGAAGGAACAAGAAUGAACACCAAUGAUGUUAAGGCCCUGCUUGAUACUCAGAAUCUUUUGCGUGCACAAAUCACAAAUUUUACGUUCAACCUGGGAUUUUCAGGGAAAUUUUACCAUACAGGAACUGAAGAGGAAGAUGAAGGGGAUGACUGUCUUUUGAGGUCUGUGGAUGAGUUCUGGUGGUUUCCACAUAUGUGGAGCCACAUGCAGCCCCACCUCUUCCAUAAUGAGUCAUCUUUGGUGGAGCAGAUGAUUCUUAACAAAAAAUUUGCCUUAGAGCAUGGCAUUCCUACUGACAUGGGCUACGCGGUGGCCCCUCACCAUUCGGGCGUCUACCCUGUACACAUUCAGCUGUACGAGGCCUGGAAGAAGGUUUGGAAUAUUAGAAUCACCAGCACUGAAGAAUACCCACACCUGAAACCAGCUAGAUACCGGAGGGGCUUCAUCCACAAAAACAUCAUGGUUCUUCCAAGACAAACCUGUGGGCUUUUCACUCACACAAUUUUCUAUAAAGAAUAUCCAGGAGGUCCUAAAGAGCUGGACAAGAGUAUCCAAGGAGGUGAACUUUUCUUCACAGUGGUCCUCAACCCAAUCAGCAUUUUCAUGACCCAUUUGUCUAACUAUGGGAAUGACCGACUGGGAUUAUAUACAUUUGUCAAUCUAGCCAACUUCGUGCAGAGCUGGACCAACUUACGACUUCAGACUCUGCCUCCAGUGCAGCUGGCUCAUAAAUAUUUUGAGCUCUUUCCUGAUCAAAAAGACCCUCUCUGGCAGAAUCCUUGUGAUGACAAACGCCACAGAGACAUUUGGUCUAAAGAAAAAACCUGUGAUCGCUUACCAAAAUUCUUGGUAAUAGGACCCCAGAAAACUGGAACCACUGCUUUGUAUUUGUUCCUGGUUAUGCAUCCUUCCAUCCUUAGUAACUCCCCCAGCCCAAAAACCUUUGAGGAGGUACAGUUCUUUAAUAGAAAUAACUACCACAGGGGGAUUGAUUGGUAUAUGGAUUUCUUCCCAGUCCCAUCUAAUGUUACCACUGACUUUCUGUUUGAGAAGAGUGCCAAUUACUUCCACUCAGAGGAAGCGCCUAAAAGGGCAGCUUCUCUGGUCCCCAAAGCCAAAAUCAUCACCAUUCUCAUUGACCCAUCAGACCGGGCAUAUUCCUGGUACCAGCAUCAGCGAUCACAUGAAGACCCCGCAGCUCUGAAGUUUAGCUUCUACGAAGUGAUCUCAGCCGGGCCCCGUGCAUCCUCUGAGCUUAGAGCCUUGCAGAAGAGAUGUUUGGUCCCAGGGUGGUAUGCCAGCCACAUCGAGAGAUGGCUUAUUUAUUUCCCUCCCUUUCAGUUGCUAAUUAUUGAUGGGCAACAGCUAAGAACUGAUCCGGCUACAGUGAUGGAUGAAGUACAGAAGUUUCUAGGAGUCUCUCCUCAUUAUAAUUACUCAGAAGCUUUAACGUUUGAUUCUCAUAAAGGUUUCUGGUGUCAAUUACUGGAAGAAGGUAAAACAAAAUGCCUUGGAAAGAGCAAAGGAAGAAAAUACCCUCCAAUGGAUCCUGAGAGCAGAGUGUUUUUAUCCAGCUACUAUCGGGACCACAACGUGGAACUCUCCAAGCUGCUGCACAGACUGGGGCAGCCCCUGCCGUCCUGGCUGAGACAGGAGCUGCAGAAAGUGAGAUAGCACUGAGAGACAUCUCGAGAAUGCAUCUCCGUGGAAUGCUCACCUCUCCCAGAGCUUCCAGGGGCUACCAAAAGGCGGUUUAUAAACAUACCUCUUCAAAUGAGAAAAAAAGAACAAAGGUCCUUCCAUGUGCUGGCAUGUGGAGGAGUAGAAACAAAACAAACAAACAAAAAAUGUAUCUGUUACAAGCCUUGAGGCCUAUGGCCUUUCUCUUAACAUUGGAGCCUGUGGGGUCAUUGGAGACUACAGUGCACUCAUGUGGAAAUCAAUAGCAACCAAUAUAAAUAUCAAACACAAAUGCAGAACUGUCCCAUUUUGUAGUAAUAGUUACACUUUUAUAUAUCAACCAAGAUUGGGUCUCUGUAGAUUUUUAGGCUGCUGUUUGCCUGUGCAAUGUUUUCUUAUUCUUCGAUUCUAUAAAGUGUCCUACAAAACAAGAAGCAAACAUCACAAUGUAGCAUAAGAUGCUAAAGGCCUAACAUCCAUGAAAAAUGCUUGCCAAAAUGUAAAUCCACUGAAAUAUUUAGAAUUAUAAAUUACAGCUUGUGCUAGAUCAAAGAGCGGAAAAGUUAUAUAUGAGUUUAUCUGCAUCCAAAAAACAAAAAAAGUGCUAUAGCAGAAAAAAAAAGUGAGUUUUCAUCCACAUAGUCUAGUACCUUUAUGUAAAAGUUACUAACUUCUCUAUCAUAAUUGUUAUUCUGAAAGAUACACUGUAAAGCCAUUGGAUUGGAAAUAGAAACACACUAAGUAUACCAAAACAGUAAGAAGUAAUGGAAAGUGUACUGACUAAAUCCUCCAAAAGGGAGAAAUUGUAGGGUUCGGAAGAUAUCUGAUUGACAACCUUUGUCCCUUUUCUGUGAGCUGCAGAUCAAUUCCAGUAGUCCUCACUGGUUCUACAAAAACGCUUGCAUAGUAUCUGAUGUAUGUGUCAUCUCCAGAAACAGACUGACUUUUCAAUGUAAAUAACUUUUUUUUAAUGUUCCCAAUAACAAAACCUAUUAAAUGAAAACUAAGGACAGUUUCUUUAGAUGAUAUGUUAGGUUAUUUACAUUUAAAUUAUAGAAAAACUACAUCGUUUCAGAUAAUUCAAAAUGAAAUUGUGUAAUGUAGAGAUUUAUGACAAAAAGCAAACAUAUGAUUUUUGCAAUGAUACAAGGCAGAAAAAGAUAAGCAAAGCCCAGUCCCAUUUUUUAAGAACAUUUCAUACAUCACUCUCAUGGAAGACAAUAGAACACAGUUAAAUUUUUGAGUUAUCUACUAAAUUAAAUGGAGGAAGUACAAAGAUGAGCCAGGCAUGGUUUUAAAAUAUAUUUACGCUUAAAUUUUUAAAGAUUAUAUGAUUAAUGAAGUAUUCAAAAAAAGAAAAGAAUGUCAUACUUAUUUUCCUGUGCUUAUAUUUACUUAGUUUUUAAAUGUACUGUGCACAUAAAAAAUUUAAGUAGUAAAUAAAUUCCCUGCUAUGAUUACAUAAGCCUUUAUGAAAUGUUAUCAAAAGUAUGAUUAGGAAAAAAAAAGAUAUGCCCAAAUAUUUUCAUUGCCAUUAUAACGUGUGAAACUAAACUCUAUCAAUUAUGCACUAAUUAGAAAACAAAUUUUGAGAUACUUGCACUAACUAUAAAUUUUUUAAAUUGCAUUUUAAUUAUUUAUUUAAUUUUGUUUUAUAUACCCAAAUGAUAUAUUAAUUUUAAAACAAAAGCUAUUAGCAGAAAGAAUUAGACAAAGAACCAGGUUUUAAGAUCCCUGACAGUAAAAGCAAAAUCAAAGUCAUUUGGACAAACAUGGUAAAGUCAGUCUUCAUGCUUACUGCUACCAUUUUUGAAGCAGCACAUGCCCAGCAUCCUAGGAAAAUAAAUUCAGCCUUUAAUCUCCACUAAUUUCAGAAAACUAGCUUAAGAGGGUCAUACACAGUGAGAAUACGCCCCAGUAGUUACAUAUGGUAUUAUGUUUUCAUUUCAACAGCAACAGUUCUACUGAUUUAAAAAAAAAAAAGAAAAAGAAUGCAUUUAUGUUUCAAGGAUGAGGUGCGCAUUUAAACUUCUAAACAAAGCUGCUAUUGGCAUAAUUUUGCCUGGGUAAACUGAAUCAACUGAAUAGCUCACCCUUUAAGAAAUGUUAAAAACCCAAUGGAUGCUUGUGUACCGGAAGGAGAAAAAAGAAGAGAUCAUACCAAAAUUUACUCAUUCAUAGUACAGAUAUUAUGCUACCUAGAGCAGCAAACCUUUGCAAGGAAUUGUGACCACUCAGUGUAUCUGGGAGGCAACUCAAAUUCUAGAGGACACAUAAUUUCUGCAUUGUAUACUCCAGCUGGUUGUUAUGCUCUUCUGGAAGGAACAUAAAUACAUAUGGGAAAAGAUUGAGAGAUAAUGUGAUUUUAAACUAGCUUUGUAUAGAAUUCCUUUUUCAUUGCUUAAAAUAUGAAACUUCCUCAGGAAGAGAUGAAAUGGUUAUUUCAAUGUUUAUAGCUAUAAUAUUCUUGUCAUUCACAUUGAAUGAAAAUUAAUGGAAAUGUUUUUUUCUCUGAGUUUUUUAAAAUAAAAAACCUGGAUAUAAUUCUGAUAGUAGCAUGGUACCUCAUAUGUUCAACAAUAAACUGUGAUAAGAAAAUGAAGAGUUUGGGCCUAGUAAUUUUAGGUAAUAAGUAGGCAUUUCUUCGAUUGUUUGUGUUUGCCUGUGACAGAGUGGGAGGUGGUCACAGAACAUAGGUACCACUAAUACAGUUCAAAAUGGAGAGAUACAUGGAAA